AUGGAUUUUAAUAAGGUGCUUCGUCAACAUUUGCGAUACGUGAAAAUUUUUAUACAUCUUAUAGUGAUCAUAUGUUGUGGCUGUGUGUUCUUUCCUAUUGGAGUAGUAACAAAUGACUUCCAUUCACAAUGUGUGCUGUUUGCGGACCCGGUGUUAACUUUGAACACAAAUAUGACAGCUAUUUUAGACAUAGCUCAAACAUCGUGGGGAUCUGACAAUCUGUGUUAUGUGUGUAUCUACGUUCCCGUGGUGACAGCCAUCCAUUCUUUCAUCUGGUGCUGGUUUUACCUUCAGAUGACCACCAUCAGUGAUGAGUUACAAAUGCUGUGCUCCUUGCUGAUCAGUACUAUUCUGCAGGUCAUGCUUUUCAUCGCGCAAAUCGUCAGUAGCUUCAUCCUUUCCAUGGGCUUCGUUACAUUCUGUCAUCGGCUCACCCACCAACUGGGAAAUCAAUACACUUGCUCUGAGACGCAGACAUGGCAUUGGGAUAUAUUUGAAGAAAAAAAUAAAUUCCAUACAUUCUUAACAGUAGCUGUGGUAUUCAGCUGGUUGGUGACGGCUACACUACUGCUCCAAAGUCUGUUGUCGGGAUACCUAAGUUACAAAGUGGCCCAUGUGUCAUACACAAGAAAGUCACCACAAUCACAUGUCGAAGAUUUCUCGUACCGCAAUCCGCAGAACAUGUCCUACUCCAAACUUUCUGUGGACAAUGAUACAGGAUCCUUCAUGUUUGAUGUUGAAUUGAGUCAUAAGUCUAUGACAGAACAGCAUGAUAAAUUAUAA